UAUUUAGAUAGUUUACCGUCUCUCGUUCUUAAUAUGUCAAACGUCAUUUUAUAAUGUACCUAUAAUCAUUUAAAAAACUAAUUCCCGAUUAUAUAAAACAUAUACAUUUGUAGAGAGUAUAGUGUGUAUAAUCUUUUUUUUUUCACUAUUUUCUUUCAAUGCAAUAGUGAAGUGCUCUUUAUGCUUUGUGUCUUUCGUGUUGGGAAAGAUGGAAGACGUUUUAAAUGAUGUUGUUUCUUCUGAAGAUUUAAAGAAAUUUGAAAGUGUAUAUCAUGAGCAAUUGCGUGCAUCACAUGUUACACAAAAAGCACAAUUUGAAUAUGCCUGGUGCCUUGUAAGAAGCAAAUAUUCUGCCGAUAUUAGAAAAGGAAUACUAUUAUUAGAAGAUCUCUAUAAUAAUUAUGAUACAGAAAAACGUGAUUGUCUGUAUUACUUAGCUAUUGGAAAUGCCAGAAUAAAGGAAUAUUCAAAAGCACUAUCAUAUGUGAGGUCAUUCCUUCAGAUUGAACCUGCAAAUGUGCAAGUACAACAACUGGAAACAUUGAUAAAAAAGAAGAUGGAAAAAGAGGGCCUCGUGGGUAUGGCUGUCGCGGGAGGUGUUAUUAUUGGUAUUGCAAGUAUUCUGGGCCUGGGCAUUGCAAUGGCCAAAAAAAAUUAGUUAUUUGCGAAAGAAAAUUGAUCAUAAAAUAUAAUUGCGAUGUAGCUUAUCUGCACAAAACAUACACAUUGUCUCAUAAUUGCUACGUGAGAUACUGUUUUGAAUAGAAAGAGAAAAAUAUAUCAAAAAAAUCAUGACCAAAAAAAAUUACGUAAUUUGUAAUAUCACAUUUUUAU